GUUACACUGAGCCCGCCAAAAGUGAAUUGUUUUUGCGCUAAUUUGGAAAACUCACAGGAAAAACUAAGGAAACACGUUAAAACCUAAGUAGUUUCAUGAAAUGAGUCCUGCAAAUAAAUCCCAGGCAGAUAUCAGCAUUGAAGAUGAGGAAGAAAUAUUGGCUCUGGAAAAACUGCUUGGCGAAGCGGAUAACGAUACUGUCGAUUCCGCAAAAUCGGAAAAACCAAAACCCACACCCACUUUGGCCAAAGCAGUGCCAAAACUGCGAGAAGACAGUAGUUUUGCCAAUGCUUUUACCUUUGAAAAGACCGUAAAGUUAGACAAAAACGAGAAACUAGAAAAAAGCAAAGAACCGGAGCUGGACUCUUCCGACGACGAAGAAGUCAAGAAUUUCUUGGAACGCAAGUACAAUGAGUACGGAAGUGAUAUAAACAAGAGCCUCAAGCAACAGCGGGAAAGUGCCCACGAGUCUAAGGUUGCCAGGGAGGUUGAUCAGGAGCUCAAGAAGACAACCCAAAUGAUCACAUCCACCCCGCAGCCCAUCAAGAAUCCGCACAAUCCUAUCAAGCGUCAGUCGACCGUGAGCAGCACGUUUCAAAGGCCACCAUCAACCGCAGCUGCCGUGGCAUCCACAUCUCAAUCUAGUAAUCCAGUUUCUGCUAUAUACACGGAUCCUGUCUUCGGACUACGCAUGAUCAAUCCUUUGAUUUCAAGUUCGAUGCUUCAGGAGCGUAUGGCGGGCAGAAAAGCGGUUCCCUUCUCCGGCGUAGCCUAUCACAUUGAACGCGGGGAUCUGGCCAAAGAUUGGGUCAUAGCUGGCGCUCUGGUUUCCAAGAAUCCCGUAAAAACCACCAAAAAGGGCGAUCCCUACUCUACUUGGAAGCUAUCAGAUCUGCGCGGCGAAGUUAAGACUAUUUCGUUAUUCCUAUUUAGAGAAGCUCAUAAAUCUUUGUGGAAAACCGCGGAGGGUUUGUGUCUGGCCGUCUUGAAUCCAACUAUUUUCGAGAGGAAAGCUGGCAGCUCCGAUGUGGCCUGCUUAUCCAUCGAUAGCUCGCAGAAAGUCAUGAUCCUGGGACAGUCAAAGGAUCUGGGCACUUGUCGGGCCACAAAGAAAAAUGGGGACAAGUGCACUUCAGUUGUUAACCUUACCGACUGCGAUUAUUGCGUCUUCCAUGUGAAGCAGGAGUAUGGCAAGAUGUCCAGGCGUUCGGAACUUCAAUCUGCGACCGCAGGUCGUGGCCUCAAUGAGCUGCGGAAUAAGGUUUUGGGCAAAAACGAGGUGUUCUAUGGCGGACAGACAUUUACUGCCAUUCCCGCCAAGAAAAGCGCCAAGCUGAUCACCAAGGAGCGCGAUCGUCUCAGCAAGCUGGCUGGCUACGAUGUUUCCCCCUUUGCCCAUACCGCCGACCACGCCUCCAAGCCGAAGACAGCGGAAGUGCCUGCGAUUCCCUACGCAGAGCGAGGUGGUCCUGUUUCCCGUUUGGCUGGAGGAGUGGAAGCAUCCCGAAAACAGAGGGUUCAAGAUCUGGAGCGAUUGCGUCUGCUAAAAGCGGAAAAUGAGCGCUUUGCACAGGAAACAAAAAGUCAUGUUUUGGGUGGAGAAGAUAAAAAAGAACAGACACCCAACAUACCCACUACUCCCGUGCCCGACAAGUUUAAGAAUCGAGGCUUUUCGUUCGACGCCAGUUUAACGCCAAAACUUUCCGGCAGCGAAAAUUUUUCCUUUGAGAUCAAUGUGGGAGCUCGCCAGGCGCAAAGUGCCAAGCUGAAAGCAGCGGCACUGCUGAAAAAGAAGCCGCUGGAGAAGAUCAAUCCCAACUCGACAAGGGGCAGUGAAACUGGCAAGAGAAGGGCCAUCGAUGAGCUCAACGAUAAGUUCUCCAGCAGCGCCAAGCGCCAGAAAAUGGAGGAAGAGGAUCGCGAAAUGAUGCGGAAAUCCAGAAUCGAAAAGAUAAUGGCUGCCACCUCAUCACACACGAACCUCGUGGAGAUGCGAGAGCGCGAGGCGCAGGAGGAGUAUUUUGCCAAGCUGGAACGCAAGGAGGCCAUGGAAGAAAAGAUGCUGGGCACCUACAAGAUGCCCUGCAAGGCGGUCAUCUGCCAGGUGUGCAAAUACACCGCCUUCUCCGCCUCCGAUCGCUGCAAGGAGGAGAAGCAUCCCCUGAAAGUAGUCGAUGCCGAGAAGCGGUUCUUCCAAUGCAAGGAUUGCGGCAAUCGCACAACCACAGUGUUCAAGUUGCCCAAACAAAGCUGCAAAAAUUGCAAGGGAUCGCGAUGGGAAAGAGCUGCCAUGAUUCGGGAGAAGAAGGUCCUAACUGGCAGGGAAUCUCUGUCCGUUAGAGGAGACGAGGAAACCUUUAUAGGCAGUCUGGCUGGAAGUGCUAAUCUCAAUUUGCUGGUUCCCGACGAAGACUAAAAUCAGAGAUAGCUUUUCUACCGUAUUUUAUUUGUUUUAUUUUAUAUGCUUUUGUUUAUAAUUUAAAAGUUAAAUUGCAUAUGCAGUACAUACAAAUAUUUACAGUCCUCUGGUUGAUCGCUAUUUGGCUUGGAAAAAGGAUUCGUCGUUGAUAAAUAAGUACAAAAGUUGCGAUGCCUUACGAUCUAAAGUGCCUCUGAGAUUGUAAGUGCGUGUUUUAUAUGAAGAUUAUGUACCAGGUGUACUCCUUAUAUUUUUUGACUUAUGACUUUUAUGAAUGGUCUCUUAGAUUAUGACUGAUUUGAAUGAUUGGAAUGCUUAUUAAUGUUUUGAAAUUGUGAAUCACACUUAGCUCAUCCUAGCAAACUUGUACAAUCCUAAAAUAAGUUAUUGUAAAUGCAUUCAUUUAAAAAUAAAUCCUAAACUUUGUGUUUCGAAAA